UGAUAAAUCGAUAACGAAAGCUGUGAGAGCUAGAAAGUUCCUUCGAUUCGAUCUUAAAUUACAAUCAGCAGCAAAACCACGUGUAGGGUGUCUGAAAAUUGAUAGCCUGAACGCUACAGAACGCUACAGGUGGGUCGCUUCGAUCGGACAGAGGACAGAUAUACAUACAGACAUUUAAACGAUGUGCUGCUCGCGUGUAGAUGUUUAUUUGACAUUCAAAAAGUAAACGUGAGCAUAUCGCCGGCUGUCGUCGGGCGCAACGUUUUGGUUCUGCAUUGGGUUCGGCCGUCGCAGUAUAAAUCUUUUAAUUAUCUAACAAUCGUUUGAACAGAGAUUUCUGUGUAAAUAUAAAUAUAAAUAGGGUGUUUUAGACUGAUAAUGGCCAUCCAGAGAGAGUGCAAAGAUUAGAUUGAGUACGGGCGUCCAUGGCCUGAUACAACAAUUGUGGCCGUGUUAUUAAAAAGCGCUUAACCAAACAGAACAGCCCAACAGCGGAUUCAUUCCACGAAUGCGGAAAGCCAGCCCCAACCGAACGGCAUACGCUAUCCAUUACGUUACUUUACGUUGCGCGCCACCGUUACACAAUUAUCACAAUGAAAGAGUGGCUGAAAAUUUCCUGCCUGCUAUGCAUCUUCGGAUGUGUGCGCGAGAUCCGACCCUCAGAGCCGUAUGUCACCGAAUAUCUAUUGGGUCCCUGGCGUAAUAUCACGGAGACUCAGCUCACACAUGAUGUCUAUCCCGUGGGUACAUAUGCGUACCUGGUGCAAUUGGUCUUUGUAUUCCUCAUAACCGACUUUCUGCGCUACAAGCCGCUCAUCAUCACAAUUGGAGCCACCGGUGUGAUCAUCUGGAGCAUGCUCAUCUGGACAACUAGUUUGUUGUCGCUGCAGAUCUUGGAGUUCUUCUAUGGGACCUACAUGGCAGCAGAGGUGGCCUACUUCACGUACAUCUAUGCCAAGGUGGAUAAAAAGUAUUAUCCUCGCGUUACAUCCCACACGAGAGCUGCCAUGUUUGUUGGAAAAUUGGUUUCCGGCAUUACCUCUCAACUGAUGAUCAAUCUGGAGCUGAUGAACUACAAAGAACUCAACUAUAUAACGCUGGCCACUCAAAUAAUGGCCAUGUUGUGGGCCUUUGGUCUCCCCAGAGUGGACAAGAGCCUGUACUUUCAUCGCGAAGAGUCGUACAACACACCAGAAGCCAUAUCGGAUCAGUCCUCCUAUACGCAAACAGAGUUGCCGGGGGAUUCCAGCAUGGAGGUGUCCAGUCAGUCGCAGGCGGACAUUGCGAAGCAGCCCAGGGCCAUGCGUUUGCUGUGGAUUCACUUUCGCAGUGCAUAUACCAAUGGCCGUGUGAUUCAGUGGAGCCUGUGGUAUGCCAUCGGCUUGGCUGGCUACCUUCAGGUCACCUACUACAUGCAGGUGCUGUGGAAGGUGAUCGAGCCGGAACCGUUGAUAGCCUGGAACGGAGCCGUUGAUGCAGUGCUAACCGCUUUGGCUGCACUGAGUGCCUUGGCGGCCGGUUACCUGCACACGGAUCGUCUGAAUCCGCGCACAAGUCUGCUUAUUCUGGCCUUCUUCUCUGCGUUGGAAGGAGGCUGUGUGCUGAUCUGCUGCUGGACACACAAUAUUUAUUGGUCGUAUGUGGGAUUCGUGUUGUUUGGUGGCCUCUAUGGCUUCACCAUCACAGUUUCCAGCGCUGAGGUGGCCCGACAUCUGCAGGAGGAUAGCUUUGGUCUAGUUUUUGGCUUUAAUACGCUGAUCGCACUCAUUUUCCAGUCCCUCCUGACCAUGAUAUUUGUCACAGAGACGGGCUUUGAACUCGAUGCUGUGGGACAGUACACGGCCUAUGCCUUCUAUUUCAUUUGCGUGGGCGUUCUCUAUUUGAUAUCAGUCCUCGUGGAGUAUAUCUGGUUUCGCGCAGCAACCAGGGAGAAGCUGGAGAACACUUUGGAAUAGUUAUAGAUGCAUUUAGCAAAGUACUUAAAGUCACCUGUUGGUGUGCACAAAAAUAUAUGUAAUUAGAUUAA